GUCAUAUUCACUUGGAGUUUAGAGGGGUCAACAUCAACGGCUACAGAUGCACUCACAUUAACAACAUUGGAUCUCCUGAAAACUGGUAUUCAUGACAUGUCAGUUGUAUUUAAAGAAGUGAAGACAUGAUGAAUGGAGAAAUAAAGAUUCAUGCCCUCUCAGAGACUUUGGAGGACACAGAAAAAGGAGGGGUCGUAGUCACAGGGAUCACAAAUCCAGCAAUCAACCUGAAGGAAGGAGAUCAGCUUGUUGCUGCAACCGUUCAUCUGGACCACCUCAGUAAAGAUGAAGUGCUAAAAUUGAUCAGAAUACUCGAGCCCUAUGACAAGAACCUUGAACUCAAGACAGCAAAAGAUCUGAAAGCAGGACUGUCUCUUGGUGAUCUUCGACUGAACAGUGAGGCAGGACUUCAAGCACCAGGUGUUCAGGUUAAUGGGCUAAAUGGACAGAUAAAUGCCCCAAGGCUUAAGGGUGGGAUCUCAACCCCAACAGUAAAUGCAGAAAUGCCACAGAUUGAGCUAAAGAAUGCCACACCUAACUUCAGCCACCCAGGGUUCAAAAGGCCAACUUUUGGCUUGUCUGCACCAAAUCUCGAAGGAGCAGGUCUGGAUGGUACAUUAGAAGCACCUGAUGUCAGUGUCUCUACCCCUACUCUUAACACCCCAGAUGUUUCUGUUAAUGUGGACAAACCUGAACUGAAGACCAAAACGCCCAAGUUCAAAAUACCCACCUUCAGUCUUCAUGGUAAAAAACCAAAGGUUGAUGGUGAUGUGAAUCUAACCUCCCCAGACAUAAAUGCUGACCUAAAAACCCCUGAUCUGAAUCUGUCGGCCCCAAAGAUUAAUGGAGAAAUUGGGACCCCUGACGUAGACAUGACCUUGCCAAAAGCGAAGCUCAGUGGUCCAAACCUGGACAUCGAAACACCAAAAGCUAAUAUCGAAGCUCCCUCUGGCAAGAUCAAAUUUCCUAAAUUAAAGAAAGCAAAAACUACAAAAGUGAAAGUACCAGAGGCAAGUGUUGAUACAAAGCUUUUUGCUCCAAAAGUAAAUGCAGAUGUCAGUGCACCAAAUGUUGACAUUGAUCUGCCAAGAGCCAACCUUGAAGCUCCAGAUGUAGAUAUUAAAACUCCUGAUGUUGAUAUAAAUGCUCCCUCUAGGAAAAUAAAGUGGUCAACAUUUAAGAAACCCACAUUUGGGCAGAAGGUUAAAGCAUCAGAGGUUGGUUUAGAUGCCAAUGUCUCAACACCUGAUUUAAAUCUCUCAGCACCAAAGAUAGAUGGAGAUAUCAGCAUCCCAAAAGGAAAUGUCAAUUUACAGAGCACUGAUAUUGAUGUAAAAGCACCUGCUUUAGACAUUAAUGGUCCGACUGCAAAGCACAAGUUCUCAACUCUUAAAAUGCCAAAGCUAAACUUACAUAAAUCAAAGCUGAAAACUCCAGGUCUAAAUGCAGGGGUACACGCACCAGACUUGGACAUGUCGGCUCCUGGGGUAGAUAUUAAUCUGCCAAAAGCUGAACUGGAAGGACCGAAUCUAGAUGUCAAGUCACCAAACCUCAACCUCUCUGCUGCAGAUCUAGACAUUAAAACUCCAGCUGCUGAUGUGACGGCACCAUAUAUUGGCAUAGAAGCUCCAUCUGCAAAGGUAAAGAAGCCCCAUGUUAAACUGCCUAAAAUAAAUCUAUCUGGGCCAAAAAUGAAAGGUCCAGAUGUAGACCUCAAUGCACAGGCAGAUCUCCAUGGACCGGACCUAGACCUGAAAGCUCCAGAUCUCAGUCUUUCAGCACCCAAAGUGGAUGGCAAACUUAGUGCUCCAGAUGUGGAUCUGAACUUGCCCAAUGCUAAUGUCAAAAGUCCAAAUGUAGACCUUGAAGCCCCAGACAUUGACAUUGAUGCCCCCUCUAGCAAAGCCAAGGUACCUCACUUUAAGCUGCCUAAAUUUGGUCUUUCUGGACCUCGGGUUAAAACACCAAAACUAGAUGCACCUGAUGUGGAUGUGAACAUGCCCACAGCAGAACUCAAAGCACCUAAUGUAGAUGUUAAAGCACCUGAUCUUAGUGUUUCAACACCUAAAGUUAAAGGUGACAUUUCUGCUCCUUCUUUAGACCUUGGUUUAACAAAAGCCGACUUAAAUGCUCCAAGUGCAAACAUUGGGGGAAAUCUAAAGUCACCAAAUCUCAAUCUCACCACCCCAGAUGUAGACCUAGACUUGCCAAAAGCAGAGCUUGAAGGACCUGAUGCUACCCUUAAAGUCCCAGAUGUUGACAUUAAUGCCCCAUCUGGAAAAUUUAAGAUGCCACAUUUCAAUUUACCAAAACUGAAUUUGACUGGGCCAAAAGUAAAAGGGCCUGAGCUGGAUGCUAAUGCAGAUCUAGAUCUCUCAGUUCCCCAACUCGGAGGACAAUUAAAUUCACCUAGUGUUGACUUAAAUCUUCCCAAAGCUGUUACAAGAACUCACUGGAGCGGUUGA